GCAGCCUCGGUGGUUUGUUUUAGACAAUGGGAUAUUGUCAUACUAUGAUUCACAGGAUGAUGUUUGCAAAGGCAGCAAAGGAAGUAUAAAGAUGGCUGUGUGUGAAAUAAAAGUUCAUGCAACAGACAACACAAGAAUGGAGCUAAUCAUCCCAGGGGAACAGCAUUUCUACAUGAAAGCAGUUAAUGCAGCCGAAAGGCAAAGGUGGCUAGUAGCACUAGGGAGUGCAAAGGCCUGUUUAGCAGAUACCAGAACAAAAAAAGAAAAAGAAAUAAGUGAGACCAAUGAAUCUCUUAAAACCAAAAUGUCUGAACUUCGUCUCUACUGUGAUCUUUUAAUGCAGCAAGUUCAUACGAUACAAGAAUUUGUUCACCAUGAUGAGACUCGCUCUCCUCCCAGCAUUGAGAACAUGAAUGAAGCCUCUUCCUUGCUUAGUGCCACAUGUAAUACAUUUAUCACAACACUUGAAGAAUGUGUGAAGAUUGCUAAUGCCAAGUUUAAGCCAGAAAUGUUCCAGCUGCCUCACCCUGAUCCCUUAGUUUCUCCCGUGUCACCAUCACCUGUCCAAAUGAUGAAGCGUUCCAUUAGCCACCCCAGUCCUUGCUAUUCAGAAAGGAAUAAUCACUCUGUAAAAGAACCAAUUUCAUCCCUUCACCGUUUUUCGCAGCGGCGCAGAAGAACAUACUCAGAUACAGAAUCUUACAGUGAUACUGCUCCCUUUGAAGAUUCUCAGAGAUCUGCUCACUGUUCUAGAAGUGCUGUCAAUGGAGAUCUGGUAUCAACCAUUCCUGAAGAAAAUAGAUCAGUAUCAAAGGAAAGAUCUGAACUGGAAGAGACUAUUUCAUCCUUUUCUUCUUGAAGAAACUGAAAGUAUUCAAUUUUCUAUAAAUAAUGCUAUGCAAAAGCUGCUGUAAUUAUACUGUUGUGAUAGGAAGUAGUCAUUUCCCUUUUUAGAAGGAUUUCUCUGCACUUUAUAGAAUAACAUUAAAAACUAUCUUUGAAGUAUAUUUUAUCUUUAUAUAGUUUAUUUGCAAGAGUAUUUUCCUAAUAUUUCACAGUUUGAAUGUGCAUUUUUUGGAACAAAUGAUGGCUUAACAGAUAAGCAUCCACAUUUGUAAAUGUAGCUCUUUUUAAAAAGUGCAAAGGUCUGACUUAUACCCUGCAGGUUUACUAAUGUAUAAACUUUAGCAAAAAGUUGGGGGUUUUUUGUUUGUUUGGGUUUUUUUUGAGAAAAUGCAACUUGUGCCAUGGGCCUCUUGGUUAUUUGUACCAGGCCAUCCACCAGGAGCUGUGAUUAGCCCUGCAAUGGCUUUUUUGCCUGUGUAAGGGCUGUAGGAAUGGGCACUAAUGGGUGUACUCUAGCAGCUUGAUGGUAAUUGACAUUGCCUUCUUUUAAAACAUAAGGAUAUACAUAAUCUGGUCCUUAUUUUUAGCCAAUGAAAGUAGAAAUAUUUAGUGUAUUUUUCUAAACAAAUGUAUAAAAAUAACUUAAUAUGAAGCAUUUGUACCAAACAUUGGAUAUUUAAUAAUUUUUAUUUAUUUAUUCUUUUUUGCAUCAAAAAUUUCUACCUACUUUCACUUCUGAAGAUCUACUACAGGCAUCAAAAUGUGCAUGAAUUGUUUCUGGGGUGUGUGGCAUCACAAGUAGCUAAAGCACUGUUAAGAUUUCCGCUACUCACAUAAGAUGUGUUUUUAGCAACUAUAGAAGCAAGAGCUGAAAUACUAGACCAUUAAGCUGCUGUUGUAAUGAAUAUUUGUACCUAUACAUAUUUUAUUUAUGACAUAUUUAUACAAAAGGGAGCUGC